AUGAAGACGUGUACACCUAGAGCUGUGCUGCUGCUGCUGCUGCUGCUGCUGCUGCUGCUGUGGCCUUCCUCAGGCCUGCUUGUGGUCACAGCAGAGAGCGGAGGAGUCCAACACGAAGACACGGCCUCCAGCCAACAGACCUGCCAGCCGGACAUCCACACCGUGCUCAGAGACAUGGCCGCCCUACUGGCAGAGCAGAGGGUGGAGCUCAGGCACACCAAGACUCAGCUGGAGGCCGUGGAGAAGAGGGCAGAGGCCGUGGAGGCCAGGCUGAGAGCCAGCGAGGAGACGCUGGAGGAGCAGAGAGGCGCUAUGGGCCAGCUGAAGGAGGCGCAGGGGGAGCAGGCCACAACUCUGAGGGCCGUGGGAGACAGCGUGACCCUCACGGGGAGUCAGGUGGCCGAGUUGAGGAGCAGCAGGGAGCAGGAGAGGGUGGUUUUCUCUGCUGCAAUCGGGGAUGAUGCGCAUAUAGGACCAUUUACAGUUGAGACCACACUUGUUUUUGGGCAUGUGUUUACCAACAUUGGAAGUGCCUACAACCCGAACACAGGUGUGUUCACAGCUCCAUUGCGAGGCGCCUACCACUUUGUCUUCUUUCUGUUUGGAAGUGGCCAUGCAUCUUACCCAACAGCAGCCUGGUUGUACAAAAACAACAAGCGCAUUGUCAUGGCGUACAGUAAGCAGGGAGACCAGCUUGUCAAGCCUUCUAAUGGAGCUUCCCUGGUGUUGGAGGCUGGAGAUGCAGUUUUCUUAAAGCUUUAUCCCAACGCAUGGGUGAGAGACAAUGAGAAUUACCACACCACCUUCUCUGGACACCUGCUCUUUAAGAUGUAACAGAAAUUAGUGGUGUCAACAAUAAUCGAUUCAGCGAUGCAAUGCAAUGUGGGGCCUGGACGAUUCAAUUCAAUGCGGCAAGUUCCAGAAUCGAUGCAGCAAUUUUUUUAAGUUUCAAUUAUUUCCGUGGAUAUUUUCAGGAGCAAAUGAAUGUUAAAUUAAAUAAAAGCAAUUCAAAACAUUGAAAACUGCAAGACUGAUACAGAAAACAGCCAAUAAAAUGUUCCUCAGUACCUGACUACUUGUAUUGCCUCAUCAUGACUGAUGAAACAUUUGCUUUGCUUUCAGUAGAAAUGUAAUGCAUUGCAAUGCAUCGUAGAAUUGAAUCGAAUCGCUUGGUUAAGUUUUAUCCGUAGCUUUUACUUGUUACUAGUGUUGCACCUAUGCCAUUUUUUAGCCCCGAUACCGAUACUCGAUACCUGGCUGUGCAGUAUCGGCCGAUACCGAUACCAUACCGAUACCAAUACCACACUAUUUGAAAUGUAUAUAUAUGAAGGGCUGUAGUGCAUACUACUUGGAUGUAAAAUCAUUGCAUGGCUUUGUCAGGCUGCUGCCUACCUUUGUGAAACAGGAAAAAGGCUAAUACAAAGUGAAUCCAGUAAAACUUUUUAUACUUUUUAAAUACCUGUAUACCUCUAUGAAAUAACUAAUUUGACUCUGAAAUUGUUUUUUGUUCUGCUGAUAUGGUAAAGUUUUAUCCGUAGCUUUUACUUGUUA